AAGAAAUAUGGGUUCCGUCAGUGCCAUCGAUUCGAGUAUCUUUCGCAGCUUAUUCGGCACAGAAGAAAUCAGAAAGGUCUUCGAUGACACCGCAUACAUAAAUCGCUGUAUCGAUGCAGAAACCGCGCUCGCACGAGCACAAUCAGAAUGUGGCGUAAUUCCCUCCCACAUCGGAUCCGCAAUCACCUCCUCAGCAACAGGUUCCAAAAUCGACUUCGACCGGCUUCGAAACGAGACUGAGAUCGUCGGGUACCCCAUAUUACCGCUCGUCAGACAACUAGUCUCGAUGUGCGAUGAAGAAGCGGGAAAAUAUGUACAUUGGGGAGCCACAACUCAGGACAUCAUGGAUAUCGCGAGUGUGUUGCAGAUGAAGACAGGAUUGGAUAUCGUGGAGAGAUUGCUGAAGGAUGUGAGCAAGAGUUUGGAGAAGUUGGCGAGCAAAUACAAAGAUACGCCCAUGGCGGGAAGGACGCAUUUACAACACGCACUUCCCAUUACCUUUGGAUACAAGUGCGCGGUCUGGUUAUCGAGUCUGCAGAGACAUCAAGAAAGGUUACAACAAUUGAGACCGAGAGCACUGCUUGUGCAAUAUGGUGGGGCAGCAGGAACAUUGGCUUCCCUAGGAAGUGGUGAUGACGGACUAAGAGUGAGGAAGGAGCUUGCGAAAGAGCUGGACUUGGUCAAUCCCUCGAUAACAUGGCACGUUGCACGAGACGGAGUUGCCGAGAUUGUGAACUUCCUUGCAUUGCUUGGAGGCUCACUCGGCAAACUUGCCCUCGACUUGAUCAUCAUGUCCUCGAACGAAUACGGCGAAGUCUCAGAGCCGUUCGUCCCUCAUCGAGGAGCUUCUUCGACUAUGCCACAAAAACGGAAUCCUAUCUCCAGCGAGGUCAUUCUUGCAGCUUCGAAGAUACUGAGGUCAAAUGCUGGUCUCGUGCUUGAUGGAAUGGUCUCGGAUUUCGAAAGAGCUUCGGGACCGUGGCAUCUGGAAUGGGUAGCAAUCCCGGAGAGCUUUGUGAUUGCAGUUGGUGCAUUACACCAGGCAGAUUUUGCUCUGUCUGGUCUCGUGGUCAACACUGAGCAGAUGGGCAAGAAUCUGCGUUCUACCCAAGGCCUUAUCGUCGGAGAAGCUGUCAUGAUGGGGCUAGCUCCUCAUUUAGGCAGAGGAAAGGCACAUGAUGUUGUUUAUGAGGCAUGCAAGGAGUCAAUCGAGGGAGAUUCGACUUUGUUCGAUUGUCUGAUGACGAAGAAAGAGGUUACGUCGUCACUUGAUGAAAAGGAGCUCAAAGCACUAUGCGAUCCAUUCAACUACUUAGGAGCUUCACAGCAAAUGGUGGAUGAUGUUCUGGCUAUAAAGAACCAAUAAAAUAUUUUCUUGUUCUCUGGUAUCUCCAUCCCAGCAGUGCCAAUCUCCUGGGCCUUUCGUCUGAACUCUCACAAUAGGCUAUCCGGCAGAUGCACAGCCUGUAGAACAUUCCAU